GGAAUUUUUUAAUGUGUGUAUGCGUACUGACUUGUUGUUUGUAAACUAACAUUUUCGCCGUGAAUGAAGCAGUCAAGAGGGUGGAAAUAACUGUAAUCAAAUGAGUUAUGACACCUAAUUCCGUGAUUGUGUUCGACUUUCAACUGUAGGCUCGAAACCCCGAACGAGGGGCGAGUUAUCUAUCUUGGGGCAAGAUUGUGAUAAUCAAAACUCUUCGGGUUAGAAUCUAUGUGCGAUAAAAAUUGGGUUGUCAGUUUAAUUAUGGGUGUAACGUGCUGGAUAGUUCUCCAUGCGACAUCAUUUAAUGAUUGCAAUAAUUUGAGGAAGUACUUUGACGAUAACAACCCGUGCAGUACCCUGCAUUUAUUUUUUGUUUCCGUCACGCAACGCUCGAUUUCUCUACUUAAUGACAGAAAUUAGACGAUGACUAGACGAAAAUAAAUUACCGUACACGAGUAACUAGAAGAAACAACACAAACGGAAUCUCUACGAACAUGUUAGUGGUCGCUUCAAUUUUGGUGGUCGUGGUUUCAAUUGUAACGUUUUACUUCAAGUGGUCAUGGCUGUAUUGGAAAAGGCGUAAUGUUCCCCAUUCGCCGGUAGAUUUUCCUUUCGGCAACGCCAAAGAGCUCAUCACUCAAAACGUUUCGUUUGGUGAAGCUUUCGCCAGAGUCUACGAAGAGUACAAGGCGAAGGGGCAGCGCUACUGUGGCUAUUAUUUUCUGACAAAGCCAGUGUUGGUGGCGACCGAUGUCGAGUUGAUCAAAAACGUUAUGACCAAGGAUUUCCAGUUCUUCACCGAUCACUUCAGUUACGUGAACGAGAAGGUCGACCCUCUAAGCGGGCAUCUGUUCAGUCUCAAAGGCCAACGGUGGAGGAACCUACGGGCCAAGCUCACCCCUACUUUCACAUCGGGUAAAAUGAAGAUGAUGUUCCCAACCUUAGUGGACUGCUCGAGGGAGCUGGUGAACAUCAUGGAGAACUGUGCGGAUAAUCGCAACGUUCUCGACGUCAAAGAUGUUGUAGGACGCUUUACCACCGACAUAAUCGGCUCUUGCGCUUUUGGAAUUGACUGUAACAGCCUCUUCAAUCCAGAGUCGGAAUUUCGCAAAUACGGAGUUAGGGUUUUUGAGGAUACUGUAAUUGACGCUCUGAAGAAUUUCACCUCGUUCAGCUUUCCGGAGAUUCUGCAUUUGUUCAACGUUGCCAUCACCAAGCGGGACGUGGGGGAGUUCUUCAUGAACGUAGUCCGGCAAACGGUAAACUACAGGGAAGCGAAUGGGGUGAUCAGAAAGGAUUUUAUGCAACUCCUCCUCCAGUUGAAAGAUAGUAACGACGCAUCCGCUUUAACCAUGGAAGAACUGGCAGCCCAGGCGUUUGUGUUCUUCUUGGCAGGCUUCGAGACUUCCUCGACCACUUUGACAUUUUGCUUCUACGAGCUCGCCACCAACUUGGACAUCCAACGGAAGUUGAGGAAAGAGAUUCGGGAGGUCCUCCAAAGGCACGAUUCGCAAAUCACCUACGACUCGCUCACGGAAAUGGUCUACAUGGACCAGUGCAUUUAUGAAACCCUACGAAAGUAUCCACCGGUACCGAUACUCAACCGCGAAUGCACCAAGGCUUACAAGCUCCCUAACUCGGAACUGGUGCUCGAAAAGGGCACGCCACUGUUUAUACCGAUCUUGGGCAUCCAGCGAGAUCCGGUCUACUAUCCUGACCCGUCCAAAUUCGACCCGGAGAGAUUUUCACCCGAGCAAAAGGAGGGACGGCACCCGUUCGCCUGGUUGCCUUUCGGCGAGGGGCCGCGCGUUUGUAUCGGUAUGAGAUUUGGGUUAAUGCAGACCAAGGUGGCGCUGGCCGUCAUGCUGACGGAUUAUCUCUUUACGUUGAAUCAACGGACGGACGUACCCCUGAAGAUGGACUCUAAGAGUAUAAUAACGAGCGCUAAGGGAGGGGUGUGGUUGAAUGUCGCGAGGGUGCAAUAAAG